CAGCUACCUAGAUGAGAUCCCUGGCUAGCUGCCUUCUGAACACACUCGAAGGACAAAACAGCCAAAGAGCCGACCAUGGCUGUUGCUCCAGUCGCUACUAUGGGCAUCAGAAGAGAGAGAAAUCUGGUGCAGCAUGUGCGGGUGUUGUCCCUUCUACUUGUGUCCCUCAGUUGCUCUCAUGCCUUGAUACCACAGAGACAUCAGAGACAUCUGCAGCAAGAUCGAUUGUCAAAGCGGGUCUCUUCCAGUUGUAGUGCCACCACCGCUAGGAGAAACUACAAUGGUGAUACUACAAAUGACAUUCCCCAAACUGUGGAAUCGUAUAUUCUCCAUUGGGACUCACUGCUCCAACAAGAGCAUCAAGCCGCUGUCGAUGAUUUGAGAGAACAACGAACACGAUGGUCCACACAACGACUCCAGGCGGCUGGAGUCUCGCUCCUCGGGGUGGCGGCAGAGCCGGAUUCGGAACUAUUUGGAGAAAAAAUUGUACGGAUAUCCACGUGUCAUCUUGCCACUACAACAGCUGAUGCCAAUAGUUGGAGGGACCUCUACAAUCGAGGAGAUGUCUUGCUCCUGACACCGGAAGAUUCCGAUGGUUUUGACGGCUAUAGUCGUCGUAGUCGUCGUGGUAGUCCUACCGUGGUACCAAGAGAAAUAUGUGUCGUCGAUGUGGGCACGGACUGGAUGACUGCCGGUGUCGGACCCUCUUGGCCAGCCGGAUUGUGGGAAUCCAGAAAACAGGCUGGAUUCUAUCUGGUACGGUUGGAUCGAACCAUCCCUCAAGCUACCUUGCUGGCACAAAAGAAAGCAUUGGAUCGGGUACGGAAAGGCAAGGCUGGAACGGCAGCCGAAUGGAUGGUCCAGACAUGGUGGUUGCAGCAGGCAGCAGCAGCAGCAGCAGCACACGACAAUAUUAACACUACGAGGGCAGAAGAAAUGGCAUCUCAAGUACCAACCUGGUUGCAAAAAGCUUUCAAUGCGACAACAAGCAAUACAGAGUCAGCACCCUCCCUCGUGGAAACUGCCAUUGACAAUUCCAUUGAAAAAGCCCAACAAUCUGAAACUGGAUCGUUUGUACCCAACAAUUCUCAACGAGAUGCCAUUGCCUGGGCAUUGAAACGAAGAAUCAGUCUACUCAUUGGACCUCCUGGAACGGGCAAAACUAUCUGUGCGGCGCGUCUCAUUGCCUCGGCCAUUCAAAUCAAAUCCAACUCUUCAUGUAACACAGCAGCAGCAUCACCAAGAGUCUUGGCCGUGGCACACAGCAAUGGUGCCGCCGAUGUCUUGUUGCAAGCAUUGCUCGAUCGAGGCGUCCCGGCAGUACGAGUGGGAAGACCGGCGUCGGUAGCCGCAUCCGUGCGGCAUCGGACGGUCGUGGCCAUGGCCGAACAACACCCGGCAGUCCGAGAGUUGAGACGCAAAAUCAUGGAUCUCUCCUUGGAACGUCAUGUCAGGAACACGGCCGUUCACGAAAUGGGGCAUUGCGUCAAUGAUGUACGGCGCAUGAUUGCUGCAACCGCGUCAGUUGUUGUGGCCAGUUGCAUUGGAGCGCAUCAGUUGUUGGCGACAGAGACGACAGACAAUGGUUCUUCUCCAUUCGACAUGGUGGUUCUGGAUGAAGCUGCUCAAACCACAGAACCGGCUCUACUGUGUGCAUUGGCGGCGGCCCAAGCGGAACAAAUUGUCCUGGUGGGAGACCCACGACAACUACCACCCACAAUUGCCGGUAACUCUGUAGAACUGCGAAACACAUUGGGUGUCUCUCCCAUGGCUCGAUUGGAACAGUGCGGAGUAGGCCAGCAAACACUGCGAGUUCAGUAUCGCAUGUCACCGGAUUUGCUGCAGUUCCCUUCCAAGUACUUUUACAAGGGGUUGGUCACAUGUGCCGAAAACGUGCAAGAGUUGUCACCACCCGCAUCUUUUCCUUGGCCCAACGGAGCGCCAAUGGCAUUCGUCCAAGUUGGACCCAAUUUGGAGACGACACACGAUCGUGGCGGCAAGUCCAAUCCUACCGAAGCGGCCUUGGUGGUUGAUAUUGUAUCCAAUCUACAGUCUGCGGAUGCCAACGUCGGCGUCCAGAUUGCCGUCAUUAGCCCUUACGCGAAGCAAGUGCAACUCAUCCGAACAAUGCUACUGACGACCAGGAGACAGGGCUGUGAUGCGGUCCGUGUGGGCACUGUGGAUUCCUUCCAAGGACAGGAAACCGAUGUGGUGGUGUUUUCGGCAUGCCGAUCCAAUCUGAUACAGGAUUUGGGAUUCUUGAGGGAUCCUCGACGACUUUGUGUAGCGUUGACCCGGGCCAAGCGUGGCUUGAUCGUCUUGGGAGAUCCUCUCGUCUUGCAAACGUCGCGACCAUGGGAAGCGUUGCUGCAAUCUUGUCGAGACCGGGGAUGCCUAUUGACCCCAAAAGAUCUCUUUUUGGACUCGGCUGGUGCAUCAGAUGGCAAAGUCUACGAGCUUGAAGAAGCGAGUCCUUCAAGUGAUACUAGCGACGCGGCGUUGUUGGCAGCACUUGAGGAAUCGCUGAACGACCACAGUGACUCCUUGCUUGGCUUGCUGGAUACUGUGUUAGACACAACGAAAAAGCAAGGUUGAAUCAGCUAGCUUGAGACCUGGUAUUGCGUUGCCACCCGUCCUACUCUCCAUCGUCGGUAGCUAGAGGACUACUAGCUAGACUGUCACUCCCCAAUUGCUUGCAACAACCCAGCUGCCUUGCUGCUUGACCCCUUUCCUUGCAGCUCUGGUGUCAACCAUAAUGGCUUGCUCUUUCCACGUCUCACGUUACGGCAAGAGUGUCAGUACCAUUCCGGCGGGGAUGCCAGUGCCACAGCUGCAAUCAGUAAUUGCCGCAUGUAGCUGCAAUCAGCAAUAAUCAGCAAGUGCCUGUACAGCAGCCACCGGUACUGGUACUGUACCGGUACCCUACGGUCAGAUAUAUUAUGCAUACCGGUGGCCAGAGCCAUCGGAUGGUCGGGGUUCGGGCUCCGUCAAAUUUCAGGCUGAACAAACAUGGAUAAGGCACAUGCUCCAAGCACACCUCUAAUUCUCUUGAGAGCAGACCUUCUUACGUGCACUAUGUACUUAGGAAUGCGGAGUGCGGAGGUUGAGCUAGAGUGGUCUCUGUCUCAUUACUUAAUGACCAAAUUCCCUUGGCAAACCCAACGGUUCUACGGAAUCAGUUGAACCUGCUACCGGUACUGUACCGGUACGGUCCUACUAGUGGGUUUUCUAUUAUUUGUGCAAAACAACAAGCUCUGCAACGGUUCCUCUCCCCCAUCGAGACUGGAGCUGAACACGUAGCCAGCUGCAGGGAUGCAACACGCAGCUGUGGGCUAGCCGGGGCAUCGCAUGUGCAAUGUAUCGAAUAGCAGGCUAGCUAGUGAUUAUGUUUAGUGGUGUAUCUUUGACAUUGAU